CUAAAAUUUUGCAUUUCCAUUGAGCGACUGUUUUAGAAAUGUGACUUUAGGUUUUUUCAAAACAACAACAAACAAUUUCAAUUUUGUGAUUUAAUAAAUAAAUAAACAAAUCAAUGAUGACUGAAUUUGCUUUAGUUUCAAAUAACAAAAUUUUCGGAGGAUGGCAAAAAGUUUAUACCCACGAAAGUACGGAAUUAAAAUGUAAAAUGAAUUUUGGUGUUUAUUUACCACCACAAGCGGAAAAUGGUCCAGUGCCUGUAAUUUAUUGGCUUUCUGGAUUAACGUGUACAGAGGCAAAUUUUAUUCAAAAAGCCGGAGCACAAAAAUAUGCUGCUGAACAUGGUGUAAUGAUUGUUGCACCAGAUACAAGCCCUCGUGGUCUUAAUCUUCCUGGUGAAGAAACAUCUUGGGAUUUUGGUACUGGUGCUGGAUUUUAUGUCGAUGCUACUGAAGAACCGUGGAAAAAUAAUUACAAAAUGUAUAGUUACGUUACCAAAGAGCUGCCGGCUUUGAUUAAUGAAAAAUUUCCCGCCAUACCUGACAAACAAUCCAUAAUGGGACACAGUAUGGGCGGUCAUGGUGCUUUAAUUUGUUGUUUAAAAAAUCCCGGACAAUAUAAAACAGUCUCGGCAUUUGCGCCAAUUUGCAAUCCAGUAAAUUGUCCAUGGGGACAAAAAGCAUUUUCCGGUUAUUUGGGGGAAAAUCAAGGACAAUGGAAAAAUUGGGAUGCCACUGAACUUAUGAAAAUUUACAAUGGACCACCAUUAGAUAUUUUAAUUGAUCAGGGUAAAGAAGAUAAUUUUCUAAGUAAAGAAUUAUUACCCGAAAGUAUUGUACCUGCAGCUCAAAGUAUAAGUAUGCCUUUAACACUUAGAAUGCAUGAAGGUUACGAUCAUAGUUACUUUUUUAUUUCAACUUUUAUUGAAGAUCACAUUAAACAUCAUGCGAAAUAUCUUAAAAAUUAAAAAUAUCUUUUUUAUAAUAAUUGUGAAAAAUAUUUUUUAUUUUCGUUUAUAUUUCGAUAAAUAAUAAUAAUAAAUAAUACUCUUGACUA